AUGGCUUCAUCAAAUACACCAUCAGAAACACCAACACCAACUUCUCAGGAACAAGGAUCAACUCCUGAUCCAACAAUUGGAACCCAAAAAAAUAGUAACAAAGGAAAAACUGAUCCUACAUGGGGCCGUUGUAAACAAGUUUUGGAUAAAGGAAAAACUGCUCUGGUAUGUAUUUAUUGCGAGAAGCUUAUUAGGGGUGGAGGAAUUAACCGGGUUAAGCAUCAUUUGGCUGGAAAAGGUGGAGAUAUUGAGGCAUGUCGAAAGGUGCCAGCUGCGGUGAGACACCAAUUCUCCCAAAACAUUGAAGAUCUUCGAACCAAGAAAAGGAAAACUCAAGAAGAAUAUGCAGAAAGUUAUGGUGCUUGUGAUGAUGUUGAAAGGGAAUUUGAUGAGAUUGAACGUAAUGAGAUGCGACAACAACAAGCAUCAAGAAUUCCAGCACCUAGCUCUAGAAAGGGAGUUGGAAAACAACUCAAGGGACUACAAUCCUUUUUUCCACUGGCAGCAACACCUGGAGCUCAACCAAGUAUUAAAAGUGUUCUCCAAAGCAAAGAAAUUAUGGAGAAGUGUGAUAUUGCUAUUACAAGAUGGAUGAUGGAUGACUCUGUGCCAUUCAAUGCGGUUAAUUCAGCUUAUUAUCAGCCGAUGAUCGAUGCUAUCGCAAAUAUGGGUGCAGGGUAUAAAGGGCCAAAUUACCAAAGAGUUCGUGGAUAUUUGUUGAGUAAAUUGGUUGAAGAUGUAAAGAAGAUGAUUGAAGGUUAUCGUGUGAUUUGGAAACAAACUGGAUGUACUAUCAUGGCUGAUGGAUGGACUGAUCGUUGUAGGCGUACUUUAAUUAAUUUCUUGGUUUAUUGCCCUAAAGAAACUGUUUUCCUAAAGUCAGUUGAUGCUUCUCAUAUCUCAAAAACUGCUGAGGCUUUGUUCAAGUUGCUUAGGGAUGUUGUGUUAUUUGUUGGUCCUGAGAAUGUUGUACAUGUAGUGACGGAUAAUGCUGCAAAUUACGUUGCUGCUGGAAGGUUGUUGAAAUCAGAGUUUCCUAGAUUGUAUUGGUCUUCUUGUGCGGCACAUUGUAUUAAUCUGAUGUUGCAGGAUAUUGGAAAGUUUGUGGAAGUGACUGAAACUGUGUCAGAAGCUUCAAUGAUUACGAAGUAUAUCUAUAAUCACUGCCAUCCUUUGUACUUGAUGAGGCAGUUCACAGGCGGCCGAGAAAUACUUCGUCCAGCUCCAACUCGAUUCGCCACUAAUUUCAUUACUUUGCAAAGUAUUUUGGCUCAAAAGGAUGCAUUGAGAGCUAUGGUGACAUCUAAAGAAUGGACAAGUUCAGCUUACUCUAAAGAAGCCAAAGCAAAAAAGUUUGUGGAUCAAGUCUUAGAUUCUAAACUUUGGAAUCAAUGCACUGAUAUUGUUAAGCUUACGGAGCCACUUGUUCAUGUAUUGCGUAUUGUGGAUAGUGAAGAUAGAGCUGCAAUGGAAUUUGACAAGCACAAAGAAAUAAUUUCUGGCCUAUUAGAUGUGAUUGAGAGAUAUGCUUACGGUGAUGCUGAUUUGAUUACUAAAUUGACAAGUGAGAAGAGAAUCUUUAAGAAUGCUGAAGGAGACUUUGGGAGACAGUUUGCAAUACGUGAGCGAAGCACAGUGAUGCCUGAUCAAUGGUGGGAAUCUUAUGGAUGUGGAGCACCAAACCUGCAAAAGUUAGCAAUUCGUGUUUUGAGUCAAACUUGCAGUUCUUCAGGCUACAACAAAGAAUGGAUAAUGGAAGAUUCACCACCAUUUUUAACUCCUAAAGAAGUUGAUGCUUUACGGAAUGAUCUUGCAAAUAUGUCUCUUCAAUCAGCUUUAGAUGAUUUGGAUGAAUUAAAUCUGGAACACGAUCGAGAUGAUGGUGAAGCUAAUAAUACUUCUGUGGAAAAUGCAAAUCAGAAUGAAACCAAUCAACAUGUAGCUCCAGAUUUGUCAGAUGAAGAAAGAUAUCCAGACUUUGAAGUUACUCCUUGGAUAUAA